AUGUUUUUCUUUUACCGAAGAUUUAUUGCACAAGAAUUAAGGAGCAAUACAAAGUCCUUCAUCUUUGCUACAAGUGCAACCAGUGCAUUGGCAGUCUUCAUCAGUUGUGCACGGAUCUCCUAUGUCGUAAAUCAAUUGGCCGAGAAUAUUUCCUCUGGAAUUUGUUUUUUGAAGAAAGGGUUGAAAGUGGGGACAUCAUUACUGGUGCCCUCUUGA